AUGUCUGGUGGAGGAGGCAAACCCCAUGGCGGUACUCUUGUGAACAGGAUGCUACAGAACGAGUCGGAAAAAUCAGCGAUCCUCGGCAAGGCAAACGUGCCUCCCAUGGAACUCACAGAGCGCCAAGUGUGCGACGUAGAGUUGAUAUGCUCUGGGGCGUUUUCGCCAUUGGAGGGGUUUAUGGAUGAGGCUACAUGGCAGCACGUCCUAACGAACAUGAGACUUCCUGGAUCGAACCUGCUGUUUGGUCUGCCGGUGGUACUUGAUACAGCGAGAGAGGACUUGCAAAAGGGGGCUGUGGUCCCUCUUACAUUCCACGGAACCACUGUGGCUGUGAUGGAGGUGGACUCGUCAUGGGUGCCGAACAAAGUCUUCGAGUGCAAGGAGUCCUAUGGCUUCACGACGCUUGAACACCCAGGUGUAAGGUUGAUUGCUUGGGAGAGAAGUCAUCGAUACAUCGGAGGAAAGAUUCACGGCUUGGAGUACCCCAAGCGUUAUUAUCCUGUUGUCACUCCUCAACAGCUAAGGGCGAAGUUGCCGGUGGACAAGGACGUCGUAGCCUUCCAGUGUCGCAACCCCAUUCACAGAGCUCACUAUGAGCUGUUCAUGAGAUCCUUGGAUGCUCCCAACGUGCGCCCGGGCUCUGUGGUCCUCGUUCACCCUACCUGCGGCCCGACGCAGGAGGAUGACAUCGAUGGGAUUACGAGGUACAAGACGUACGAGGUUCUAAAGAAGGAGAUCAGCGACACCAGAGUGCACUGGGCAUACCUUCCAUACUCCAUGCACAUGGCCGGCCCCCGUGAAGCAAUCCAACACAUGAUUCUGAGAAAGAACUACGGGUGCACUCACUUUAUCGUGGGGAGAGACAUGGCAGGAUGCAAGAGCAGCUUGUCCUCUACAGAUUUCUAUGGGGUAUAUGAUGCCCAGGACAUGGCCAAGAAGCAUGCUGCUGAGCUAGAGAUGCAGAUUGUUCCUUCCCUGGACAUUUUGUACACUGCUGAGAAGGGCUACAUCACUGUCGAUGAGGCGAAGAAACUCGAUCUGAAGCCGCUGAAACUUUCGGGUACUGAGUUCCGCAAAAUGUUGAGAUCAGGCAAGGACAUCCCUGAAUGGUUUGCCUUCAAAUCCGUUGUCGCGGUGCUGCGUGAGAACAUGAAGUGA